AUGGGAAUUUAUAGAAGGAUACUUUCUGUUUUGAAAAAUGAUAUAGUAAUCGGUGACCAGAAGUUUGAGUUUCUUGCUUUCUCAUCAAGUCAGCUGGGAGAAAAUUCUGUGUGGAUGUUUGCUUCAACGAAUGAGCUUAGUGCAGAUAGCAUCAGAGAAUGGAUGGGCGAUUUUCGUAACAUAAGAAAUGUGGUAAAUUUUGCAGCAAGGCUGGGUCAGUCUUUCGGUUCAUCCAUUGGAACAUUGAUUGUGAAUAGCGAUGAAAUUGAAGUUAUUCCUGAUGUGGAGAUUGAAGGAGAGGAUGGAACCAAAUACGUUUUCUUUGACGGAAUUGGCAAGAUUUCUGUUGAGUUUGCACGCAUAGUGGCAGCCAACUGUAAUCUCAAGGAUUACUCCUUCUGCCUUCCAAAUUCGGUAUGCAGGUUAUAA